UUUUUUUUAAAAAAUGAUUUUUACUUUUGAGUAAAAUAUUGGCAUAGUUGACGACUUUUAAAAGCAAAUCAAGCACUAUAUAAACAAACGCAUCCCAAUGCAGAAGCCAGACACGAAACAGCUUUUGCAUUGCAUCAUGUCGAAGCCAAGGAUGGAAGGCAAGGUGGUCAUCGUCACCGGCGGCGCGAGCGGCAUCGGCGAGGCGGCGGCGCGGCUGUUCGCGUCGUGCGGCGCGACGGUGGUCAUCGCCGACGUGCAGGACGAGCUGGGGAAGGCGGUGGCCGCGUCCGUGGGCGCCGGGUGCCGGUACGUGCGGUGCGACGUGACCGACGAGGCGCAGGUGGAGGCCACGGUGGCCGCCGCGGUGACCGAGCACGGGCGGCUGGACGUGAUGCUGAGCAACGCCGGCGUGCUGCUUCCGACGGGGUCGGUGAUGGACAUGGACCUGGCGGCGCUGGACCGCGUGAUGACCGUCAACUUCCGCGGCGCGGCGGCGUGCGUGAAGCACGCGGCGCGCGCUAUGGUGUCGGGCGGCACCCGCGGCGCCAUCGUGUGCACGGCGAGCGUGGCGUCGUGCCAGGGCGGGUUCGGGCCGGCGUCGUACACGGCGUCGAAGCACGCGAUGCUGGGGCUGGUGCGCGCGGCGGCCGGCGAGCUCGGCCGCCACGGCGUGCGCGUCAACUGCGUGUCCCCCGGCGGCGUGGCGACGCCGCUGAGCUGCGGGCUGAUGGGCAUCACCCCGGAGGAGGUGGAGGCGGCGGCGGAGCCCCACAACGUGCUGCGCGGGAAGGUGCUCAAGGCGGCGGACGUCGCCGAGGCCAUGCUCUUCCUGGCGUCCGACCAGGCCGGCUUCGUCAGCGGCCACAACCUCGUCGUCGACGGCGCCACCACCGCCGUCAACAACGCCGUGCUGCAGACCAUUGGCCUGUGAGAGCGUAUGCAGUUGUAUGCAUUUGCUCUUGCUCCCCACGAGGACCCGGAAGGCCAUUAUUUAAAAAUCAUAUCUUUAUGACAAAAUUUACUACAGUUUGACUAAAAAAAUGAUCCCUUUUCUUAGGCCAUCAAUGGUUACAUGGUGUCAUAGUGCUCUGUGUUGUUUGUAAAAUUGUGCUGUUUGUGAUAAUAUUAUAUACUCCC